GCACCCACUCGCACCCUCUGGAAAGUUCUCGUGACGUCACCAGUCCUAUAUAAACCCCUCCACCGGCGGCAAAAGUGUAUCAGUCACAGCAAACUUGCCUUUGCAGUCGUUCAAUUUCUUUCGCCGAGCAACCCCAAACUCUUCAAUUUUCAAAAUGUCUCUGAUUCCCAUGUUCUUCGACGAAUCCAGCCGCCCUCUGAGCCUGUUCGACCAGAACUUCGGCCUGGGCCUCCUCAACGAUGACCUGUACCAACCCAUGAUGAGCCGCCCCUACUACCGUCCCUGGCGUCACCUCACCCGCCAGCAGAGCGGCGUCUCCAACGUGACCAACGACAAGGACAAGUUCCAGGUCAACUUGGACGUGCAGCAGUUCAAGCCUGAGGAGGUCACCGUCAAGACCGUGGACAACGUCAUCACCAUCGAGGGCAAGCACGAGGAGAAGCAGGACGAGCAUGGCUACAUCCAGCGCCACUUCGUGCGCCGCUACGUCCUGCCCAAGGACGUGCACAUUGACAAUGCUCAGUGCAACCUCUCCACUGAUGGCAUCUUGUCCGUCGUUGUUCCUAAGAAGGCUCUCCCUGCUCCGGGAUCCAACGAGAAGCCCAUUCCAAUUGUGCAGACCGGCGUCCCUGCCGUCAAGCCCGCCGAGAUCGCCAAGUGAGGCGCCUUCCUCGGUAGCCUGCUGAUUAUACACCCGCCUGCAUUUCCCACAUUUAACUUUGCCGUACUUUGUGCUUAACUAACUAACUAAUUAAUUAAAAGAUGCAGUUUAGUCCCUGCCCUAAUUAGCUUCUUAUGAAUCGUUCAAUGUUGCGCUUACCCUGUAUCUAGGGAUUUCCUUGUUUUAAUCACUCAUUAUCAAUUGCCAGAAUUAAAGCAAGACUUUGAGAUUUCAAGACUGAAUAAUAAAUGUUUCCUCUCAGGUACUGUAAUCUCUUGUAUUAAUGAAUGUUUGUAGUCUCAAAUGAAACAAUAAAGUUUGCAGGCAUUUACUUAAA